AAUAAUGAAGCCCUCCUUUUCUUUAUUCACUACUUACUACCCCACAAACUCUCCUUACCGUAAACCCUAAUUUUCUUCAAUAAACCCCGAACAAAACCAAACAAUGGCAGAAACCGAAACCCAAAACGAACCCACAUUACCUACAAAACGCAAACUCGAUGACGACCCAAUUCCUGAAAAAGAUCAAGAACAAGAUAAUCACUACAACAAAUCGCAAAAAAUCGACUCACUCUCCAACAAUUCACCAAUCAUCCAGGAGAAACUCGCUGAGAACUCGCGAACUCUAGAACCUUCAAUCGAUAGCCAAAACGACAACGUACAAGAAGGACAAGAUGAAGAUGGUAAUCACUCCAACAAAUCGCAAAAAAUCGAUUCACUCGCCAACAAUUCACCAGUCAUCCGAGAGAAACUCACUGAGAACUCGCAAACUCUAGAACCUUCAAUCGAUAACCAAAACGACACCGUACAAGAAGGAGAAGUUGAAGAUGAAGACGAAGACGAAGAUGGUGAGGAAGAAGAUGGUGAUUAUGAGGAUGAAGAAGAGAACAGGGAGGAAGCGGUGGUGGACAGGAAAGGAAAAGGGAUAUUGAUUGAAGACGGAGACGAAGACGACGACGACGACGGGAGUGAAUUAGAGGGUGGCGAUGAUAGUGAGGAGGCAGAGGAGGAUGAUCCAUUGGCUGAAGUUGAUUUGGAUAACAUUUUACCAUCGAGGACGCGAAGAAAAGUUGUGCAUCCUGGAGUUUAUAUUGCUGCUUCCGCUGAUGAUGAUGAUGACAGUGAUGCGUGAUUUUAAAGCAAGCUUGAUUCAGUUUGACCCUUCCAAAUUUUAGCUAAAUAAGAGUUUGGGUCUCAACCUUUCUUCUAGGGCAGCACAAGUGGCAAUACGGCCGGUGGCAGGCCUAUUGUUCCAACCUCAGUUGGUCUCAAUACCAAUCAUCCUGAUCACAGUUACAAAAUUAGCCUUCUUCAAGAUUUUUCAACUAGGGAUUGCACUGGGAGGUAGCUCUUGGAUGACAUGUGCACACAUUGGUGUGUAGAACCCUUCAUGAUGACCCAAAUUUGGUUAAAGAAUGAAUAGCUAGUCCAAGCCAAUUACUCUCACGGAUUCUAGAUGUACCCGACUUCCUUUAAUCUGAGUUGCAUUUGGAGGUUCGGAGUAGAUUUUAUUUGUGCUCCUAAUAAAGUAGACUGCUCAACAGAACUUUUGAAUUCCUUUUACUUUUAUUCUCUAAAACAGAGUAGUGCAGAAGAAUUAAUGAGUAAAUUUGAACAUAUUGAUUAUUAUAUGCAUGUUAUUGUUAAAUUGUUUCUGCAAUACGGCCGCUCUUUGAACUUUCUGUGGUGUGUUUGGAAGGUUGGAUCCUUUGGGACUUGACUAUCAGUUUAUCAAAUAAACUUUGAAAUCCAGAUUCUUCUGUA